AGAAGGGGUAAAAAAAAUCUUGUAUAAUGUUUAGUCUAUUUCUGUUCACAGAACACCUGAAAAAGCAUGAUUGUAAUCUAUUGUUAUAGCAUUUGUUGUGUUUGCAACUACAUUGGUGUGAAAAAGUGUUGGCCCCCUUCCUGAUGAUUUAUUGCAUGUUUGUCGCACAUACAAGUUUCAGAUCAUCAAACAAAUUUAAAUAUUUGUCAAUGACAACACAGUGAACAUAAAAUGUAACAUAAAUGGGCCACCCCUAGCAGCAACAACUGCAAUCAAGCGUUUGCGAUAACUUGCAAUGAGUCUCUUACAGCGCUGUGGAGGAAUUUUGGCCCACUCAUCUUUGCAGAAUUGUUGUAAUUCAGCCACAUUUCCAGCACGAAGCGCGUUUUUAAGGUCAUGCUACAGCAUCUCAAUAGGAUUCAGGUCAGGACUUUGAACUUUGAGUCAUUUUGGUUGGCCGGUCACUCCUGGGACGGUUCACCACUGUUCCAUGUGUUUGCCAUUUGUGGAUAAUGGCUCUCACUGUGGUUCGCUGGGGUCCCAAAGCUUUAGAAAUUUCUUUUUAACCUUUUCCAGACUGAUAGGUCUCAAUUCAUCUCAAUUAUGUUUUAACAGGGGGGGCAAUCACUUUUUCACACAUGAUGUCAUUGACUAAUAUUUAAAUUUGUUUGAUGAUCUAAAAUAUUUAUGUGUGACAAACAAAGACUAAGAAAUCAGGAAGGGGGCAAACACUUUUUCACACCACCGUAAGUAAAAAAAUGAAAACAUCGACAUGGACACAUGGACAUCGAGUUGACAGUCCAGGGCUUUUAGCUCGAUGGCCAGUGCUUUUGACUGUCAUUCUGCGGAAGCAUGCCUUGCCAGCUUAGUAUAAAACAGUAUUGUUUUGCAUGUUUGCAUUAGUGUGUAAGCGUCUAUUUCAGGGGUCACCAACCCAUCGAUUGCGAGCCAUUAGUGGCGGUCGAUUGCGAGAAUAUUAGAAAAUAAAUGUAUUACUUCCUUUCCCUCCCGCAGAGUGACCAACAGUCACACAUUUUGACCACUGAACACGCCCGUACGCCUCGCCGCCCUCCAGGCACGCAACCCGGAUGCAGAAAGUUUUCAUUGGGGUGGCCAAGGGCCUGAGCGUGAUGGUGUUCUGGACGCGUAGAGCCGUGCGAUGACAGUGGGCAACGUGGGUAAAAGAGUCAUGCGACACCCAGCCCUCCACUACCACCUCCUCCUGGGUGGGGCCGUACUGCUUCUCCUGGCCCGCUCGGCCCUGAGCUGCCCAGCCCGAUGUGAGUGCUCUGCCCAGACUAAGUCAGUGAGCUGCCACCGCAGGCGUCUGAGCACCAUCCCUGAAGGCAUCCCGAUAGAGACUCGAGUCCUGGAUCUCAGCAAGAACAAGUUACGCACCAUCACACCAGACAACUUCUCUUCGUUCGGGCAGCUAGAGGACCUGGAUCUCAGCGACAACCUCAUCAGUGUGGUGGAAACUGGAUCAUUCCGUUGUCAACUUGCUCUCCGCUCACUGAACUUUCGCAGCAACAUGCUCCAGCUCGUACCUGCGGGUGUGCUGUCAGGCUUGACCAACCUCACCCGGCUUGACCUCAGCCACAACAGACUGGUGGUUCUACUGGACCAUGCCUUUCAAGAUCUGCGCAAGUUGGCAUCCCUUGAGGUGGGUGACAACGAACUUGUUUUCGUCUCUCAGAGGGCCUUCAUGGGCUUAACUGGACUCCAGAGUCUGACCCUGGAACGUUCCAACCUCACUGUGGUCCCCACUGAUGCUCUAGCACAUCUACACAACCUAGUGGAACUAUGUAUGCGUCACUUGAGUAUUAGUUUUCUUAAGCCUUUCUCCUUCAAGAGGCUAUCCUGUCUCCGCCGACUAGAGAUUGAUUACUGGCCCUGGUUGGACACGCUCCCCCCUCUCUCACUGCAUGGCCUCAACCUCACAACCUUAUUCGUAACUAACACUAAUCUUUCUGCCUUCCCUGGUGCAGCAUUGCGCCACCUGCCCUACCUCACACAUCUCAACUUGUCUUUCUGCCGCAUUCAGCAUAUCCAUCAAGGAGAGCUGGGCCACCUCCCGCAUUUGAUGGAGCUCCGUCUCCAAGGUGCUCAGCUUGUUUCUAUUGAGACCUUUGCGUUUAUUGGCCUGAAAUCUUUGAAACUACUGGAUGUGUCACAAAAUCGCCUGGACUCUCUGGAGAGGGGGGUGUUUGCAUCACCAGACAGCCUCCAGAGACUUUGUCUGGGUGGAAACCCGUUAGUGUGCGACUGCAGAUUGCUUUGGUUGCUGAAUAGCUACAGGCCCUCAUCCCUGCAUAUUCUUGACAUCCAGCCGGAGUGCAGCGCCCCUGAGCACCUCCUGGGAAAAACUCUGCGUGAGCUCAAAGAACCACUGGUCUCUAGGUACAUGACCUGCACCAAGCCUCAAAUCGGACCAAACACAACACAACUGCUAAUGGCUGAUGAGGGUCAACCUGCCCGCCUGAGCUGCAUGGCCGAGGGAGCGCCGCGGCCGUCAGUGGUCUGGAUUACACCUCACAGACGCUACGUCACAGCCAAGAGCAGUGGCCGGGUGGAAGUCCAACCAGAUGGUACACUGGAGAUCAAGGCCGCAGAGCUGCAUGACAGCGGGGUGUACUUGUGUAUCGCGAGUAACCCUGCUGGCAAUGCCAGCUUGUCUGCAUCUUUAGCUGUGAAGAGUCUGGGCAUUGGGGACAGGUCUCACAAUAGCAACAGGAGCUCAAAUUAUUUGACAGACUCAAACAACACUUCGGGGAAUGGGACUGUGUUGUACAACAUGACAGUCCCCAUCGACAUUAAGACUAUCAUUAUAUCCACAGCCAUGGGCUGCCUGUCUUUCCUAGGUGUGGUCGUCUUCUGCUUCCUGCUUCUGUUUGCCUGGAGCCGAGGGAAAGGACGUCAUAAGAGCAACUUUGACAUCGAGUAUGUCCCGCGCAAGUCAAACGGGGCCUCAAAUGAAGUGACAGAAACAAGCGGCCCUCGUCGAGUCAAUAUGAAAAUGAUCUGAACAUGACGCAGACUGGCGCACACGACGGCAAGAACACAGUGCACACAUAUCAGCUGACAAAGUUGUUUUAUAUGACACAGUGGAUUUGUGACCAAUGAAAGUGAUGUACUAAUAUAGUGGCUGUCAAUGGAGGUGAUCUUGUGAUCAUGUGAAUAUCAAAGUGAAACCGUGAACGUGUUUAUGAAACAAUGUCCUCAUACAUUACAUUGAAUAUAAUACUAUAACCAACAUAUCAAUAUGGGAGUGAUAUAGUGCUGCACUCGGCAUGUGUAUCAGUGGUGACGUGAUGAGUAAUGAUGUUGUCGACUCGCCGUGACAUCAAAGUGAAGGACAGAGCUACUGGGGGUAACGGGAGACAUUCAGUGCGCGGCGAUAGCGAUCAUCACGGCAAUAUGUCAGGACUAAAUUGUCUAAUACCCAUCUUAGCUGCAGUGUGAAAGGUGUGUGUUGUGUUCAUGUGUGCGUGCACCAGUGUGCGCAUGUUGCAUUUGUGUCUUUCUUUGUGCAUGUGCACGCAUUGCCUUUCUUAUCAUAUUAAAAUGAUGGGGUCUAAGCAUUUUCCCAGGCCUUUGUUCUUGUUGGAUCCUUGUGAUAACAGUAUUGUCACACAAGAUGAUAUACUGUAUGUUUGUAUGCAAAGUCACUUAUUAUACACUUAAAGGUAGGGGUGUAACGGUACACCACAAUCAGGAGUCGCUAUGUACCUCAGUUCUAAGGUCGAAAUGCAAAAAAUGAACCUGCUCAGUUUUUGUGUAAAUGGCUUUUUUAAAUGAAACAAAAAACGUCAAAAUCCUGGAAGGCAAUUCUAUAGAAUUAUAUUUUAAAAAAAUGUCUUAACUGCAAUGACAAUAUUCAAAAAUCUUUUGUAUAUACGUAAAUCUUUCCUACAAUAAAAAAAAAAAAUGGGUGCAUUUUGUUAGUUGCUGUGGAAGAACCCAGAUAAACAUGGUCGUUCUUUUAUUUUGAAGAUUACUAUGCACUAAACAGGAAUUCACUCUGUGCACCUUUUAAUGCUAUGUUACUAGACAGUGGUUAUGUCGCUGUUGUAAUUUCACGCUGUUUCGCGAUCAUAAAGUUAUCGGGACUAUAUCAACUGGCUCUAGAUUACAUUUCUUGAAACUAUCCAUCCAUCCAUUUGCUAUACCGCUUCUCCUCAUUAGGGUCGCGGGGCAUGCUGGAGCCUAUCCCAGCUGACUUUGGGCAACAGGCGGGGUACACCCUGGACCGGUUGCCAGCAGGGCACAUAUAGACAAACAACCAUUCACACUCACAUUCAUACCUAUGGACAAUUUAGAGUCGCCAAUUAACCUAACAUGCAUGUUUUUGGAAUGUGGGAGGAAACCGGAGUACCCGGAGAAAACCCUCGCAUGCACUGGGAGAACAUGCAAACUCCACACAGAAAUGCCCAGUGGCGAGUCGAACCCAGGUCUUCCCGAUCUCCUGACUGUGUGGCCAACAUGCUAACCACCAGACCACCGUGCGGCCAUUUCUUGAAACUAAAAAAAUAUAAAUAUAUACACCACCACCUGCAGCGAGCAUAUGUGACCAUUCAUGGUUUAAAAGAACAGAUGUGUAUUUUUUUACAAUUAAAAAAACAGCAUAAAAUUUGGCACAAUUUUUUUUUUUGGCCCGAAUAAAAAAGAAGACGUUGUCAAAGCAGGAGGAGGGUGUAACGUUUGCAGCACAUUUGAAUGUUACAUACAGUGCUUUAACAAUACUACAACACGUCAACAUAAACACCGAUUUUACAUAGAAAUGACCCUUUUGGGUCUCAAAUUGCCAAAAGCGAUUGAGCACGUAUGUUGACGUCGACUUAAGCAGGCAAGUUUUAGUAACAAGAGGGAACUACUUAAGUAAUAAUAAUAAUAUUAAUAUAAUAACAAUAUUAAUAGAUGUUAUUCUCUUUAUAAUGAAUGAAUUUCAUUUUGAGAAUAAGCUCAAUAAAGGGUCAAUAAAAAACAAGCUGCAGUAGUUUGAAAAUGGCCCUCAGGUUGCACUUAGGACACUUAUGGUUUAAGCGGGCCUUACGUCCUGACGUACGUGCUCCUACGUGCUGCCUACGUGCACAAAUGAGGAAAAUCGCAAGAAACAUGCACGUGGCCCACACGGAUUUUCAAACCCGCAGACAGCACGCAAAGCCCGUAGGAAGAAAAUUGGACGCAAAUUAUUUUUUGCGUGCACGCAGGAAAACGUUGCACACAGCCAGGUCGCAAGGGUGAGGGAGAGGAGGACUGUGUGACCCUUGAGUGUGUCGCAAGUUUAAAAGUACAUUGUGUACAUUGCCCAGCCACGGCUGCGGCUCCUCCAGCUGUACACUCUGGUUCUCCCGUGGACGCACGGCGGCUGCUCAAUAGCGUAUCCGUCAUUAAUGCGCCCUAUCCGGCCACGGCGGGCGGCUCUUCCCGCUGUACACUCUGGUUUUCCCCAUUACGACAGCCGUAGGUGCCGUAGGAAGCCAGUAUGCCUAUCUUGCAAUCGAAGUGAGUGGGCUGCACGAACCUCGAACGAUGCCCAGUCAGGGUACGUCUGCCUUACAUGAAGCGCACCUAGAACGCACGAGUCGCACGCCACACUCAUGGAGGGCGAGCGGCAAGCACGUGAGUGUCACGAAUUACUUGCUCCAUAAGAACGACACACUAGCAACCUCCCUGAUACUCUACUUCUUCUACAUGCCGGCCACGGCCAACAGAUUUCCCCCCAAAAAUUUGUACGUCGGGAUGUAAGGCCCGCUUUAGAGCGUUUCUUUUUAGGAAAGUGCAACAGCAACAGUUUGAACAGUGUGAAUUAUUAUUAUUAAUUAUUAUUAAAUGACAUUUCCUUAUUGCCUGAAGUGCAGCAUUAAUAGUUCCAGCUUCACGAAUGCUCGCCAUGGCUCCUGCUUGCCAAAGGAUGGGCCGCGCUGUAUUUGUUUACCGAAUAGACGUGUAUCGGUGAUGCACUCAUCCUGUCCCUCACUUUUAAUGUGUACCUGUGAGAAAAUGGUAUGUCUGUACCAUACCAAAAAAACAUAUUACCAAUACAUGUACCGUUACACUCCUAACGAGAAAUGCUGCAUACAUUUAGAAAUAGUUCAAGUCCAACAUAUGGGAAUUUAACAGAAGUCAGGGGAACAUUAGGCUUGAGGUGUGUCGUCUGAGGUGUGAGCUUUGCCUUCACCAAAGAGUUCACUUUGCAAGACAGCACAAACAAAUAAGACUGGUCAGCGGCGUUAUCACAGGAGAAAAGCUUGCAGCGAUAGCAAUGGCAUGUUAAUGGUGUUUUAUAAGACAAUAAAUCACAGGCAGUUUUUGUUGCCAGAAGAGAUCCUUUCAUAUGAUAUAAAAGACUCUGCGGCCAGACACAAUGUCAAAGAUUUACUGGAUUGUGCCCUCUUUGGGACAAGACAAAGCUACGCCUCACAGAUUUAUAGCUUAAAUUUCCCCGCAUUUCAAAAAAUAUAUUAUUUAUCACACCUCUUCAAUUCUUCCCUGGGGCACCGAGGGGCCCUGGCUAUUUAAAUAGGUGUCAAUUUCAAACUCGUAGUGGAAUCUUGUAUUGUUUCUUUGUUUGGAAAUAUUUUCAGUGU